GUCCACACUUAUAUAUGUUCCCGCAUUGUCCUCACAGCGUUCUGAAAGACCAGCCAAUGGGUGCAUAACUGUCGGACACGAACAUGCUUUGUCUUGAUUUCCCAUCAACGAGGCCUAUAUCCAAAGUAGGCCUUGUCAAAGCCUUAUCAUCACGAGUUCGGUGGACCACUCCCUCGGGAUGCGGUGGACGCCCAUCCCACUCUUCAUGGUCAAAGCACCGCACGUCAUGUCCAGUCCUCUAUAAAAUCAUCGCCGAGAGCGUAUGUCCGACAUUCAAUCACUCUUCCCUUCCCCGCGAGCACCCUUGAUAUCCCUCAUCUCCACGUGCAGUGCAAUGGCAGACCGCAAGAUGACUGCUAAAGCGGUCCGACCUGGGGCGGACGAGAAAUGCGAACUCCGUGUUGAUACCAGACGCUUUGGAGCUGUCUUUGACAUGGACGUUCCAGAGGAUAUCUCUGUCAACUGUGGCGACGGUUCCAGUGAAGAGGAUGACCAGUGUACCAUGUCGGAAUCUCAGUGGGAGUUUCAUGCCACUGUUGCGUCUCACACCACCCAAGCUUCGGACACUCCGGCCGGGGACAGUACGGUCGAAAGCUGUUCGUCCACCCUCAGUGCCGCCCAGCAGGUCGUGGCCCAUUAUCGAGCUUUGGAACUCAGAAAGGAACAGUCUCGUGCUUACAGGGAGAAGGAAUUGCCUCCAUGCCCUGACGAUUCCAAUUCUAUGAUUCCCGAGUCGACUUUGGAUAUGGCCUGGCGACCUCCUCCUAAGAUUCAUAUAGCUUCUGCAAUUCAACAAGAACUUGACUAUGCCAAACAGCAAGCUCGCGAAAUGGUAAUGAACGCUGGACUUUCGCUACGGGACCGGGUCCAGUGUAGGCGUCAGGGCUGCUCAGACGUGCUGGAAAAUGCUGAAGCUCUCAAAUAUCACCUGCAUUUCCACAAUAUCGGCGACGCGAUGGAUGGUCAUAGUAAAGGUCACCGUACUCUUGCAACCAAUAAAUCAUCCCUUCAAACCCUCAAUCCCAGCGCUCAACCCCCCUCGAAAGUCACGGGUGAAUACCACAACAAUGCACGUUCGAAGCAGCCUUCUCUCUUCCCUGUGACGUCUUCACGUAAACCAUCCAUCGGAAGCGGUCACCAGCCUCGCCCUUCGUUAUCCUCCGAGACUCGCGCUCACGUGAAGGUUUUUUCCCCGCAUCCUACACCUGCGAAUAUGCUGGACGUAUCUGUGCUGGCCAGCACUGUAACACCCGUUCGCUCUCCAUGUAAAGAACCUGCGCCCCCUGCUGCAGCUUCUGCAAAUCGCCAUCGCAGGACUAGGACACGAACCAUGAGCGGCAGCAAGGGAUGUUCGAGGACCAACCUGCCCUUUGCGUUUCCUCCCGUUGAUUCAGGUGUCUUCAUGCAGACAGAAGAUCCCAUUACCUCCCCUGGGAAUAAUGGCGCCAGGGCAAAAAGUCCAGAGCGAGCCCGGAGUCCAAUUAGGGCGAAGAGUCCCUUUAGAGCCAAGAGUCCAAUAAGGGACGGGUUGAAAUGCAUGUUAUCGAUUGCUUGCAUCGGCGACUGAGGGUUUCCUCGCGUCGUCACUCGGACAUUUCAUCUUUCCGAAGACGAUCUUGAUACACAUGUCUCGUGUAUUUAAACAGCUGGAAGGUCUUCCUUGAUCGUAUUCCAAAUGGCUUGUUUCGGCCAUAUUCAUUCCAAAAUUCUUCUAGUGUUUUAUGCUGAUUUUACAUCGUACUGUAUUGCAUAUUAUAUCGCUGUUUCUCAUGUUCCCCUUGCUGCUCCGCCUAACGCAUUUGUAUCCCAUGUUCAUACCAUCUCACUGCUUUCUUGAUACCACCGCAAGUUUUCAAUCAUCUUACGCCACUUCAUAAUUGUACCUAUAACUGUCACUCCCUUAUUCCCCUGCUGCGAAUCGAC